UGAAGUGAGCAAUUAGCCAAUAGGCCAUUUCCAACAACUUGAUCUUCCGAGGAAGACAACUCUUCCAAUGGCCGAAUCUCAGCUCCCUCAAAUAGCCAUUCUUGGAUCUGGAAUUUUCGUCAAAACCCAGUACAUCCCAAGAUUAGCUGAAAUUUCUCACCUUUUCGUUCUCAAAGCUAUUUGGAGCCGCAGUGAGGAAUCGGCUAGAAGCGCUGUUGAGUUAGCAAAAAAGCAUUUCCCAAAUGUGGAAUGCAAAUGGGGAGAUUCUGGUCUUGAGGAGAUUAUCAAUGAUGCUUCCAUCAUCGGAGUUGCUGUGGUUGUUGCCGGCCAAACUCAGGUGGAGAUGUCCUUGAGGCUUCUCAAAGGAGGAAAGCAUGUCCUACAAGAGAAGCCAGCUGCUGCCUGCAUUGCAGAGGCAGAGAACGCAUUAAUGCAUUAUAAUUCUCUUUCUACCAACAUGACUCAAAAACCAAUAUGGGCAGUUGCAGAGAAUUAUCGUUUUGAACCUGUUUUCACAGAGAGCAAGAAAAUGAUUGCUGAAAUAGGAGAUAUGAUGAAUGUCCAAGUUAUUAUUGAAGGGUCAAUGAAUAGCUCAAACCCUUAUUUCUCAAGCUCUUGGAGGCGCAACUUCUUUGGAGGUUUCAUUCUAGACAUGGGUGUGCAUUUUGUGGCUGGAUUGAGAAUGCUUGUUGGAUGUGAGGUAACAUCGGUCUCUGCUAUGACUUCUCAUGUGGAUAUGACAUUGCCUCCUCCUGAUAAUAUUUCUGCAUUGUUUCAACUAGAGAAUGGAUGUUCUGGAGUGUUUGUGAUGGUUGUAUCGUCAAGAUCACCCAAGAUAAUUUGGCGAGUUGUGGGCUUAAAUGGAACCCUGCAAGUUGAGCGAGGAAACAAAGAUGGAAAGCAUGGCUACUCGGUAUUUCUUUAUAUGGCUGAUGGGCAGACCAAAAGCUUCUUCUAUCCCUUUUGUGGUGUCCAAGAAGAACUCAAAACUUUUCUCUCAGAUAUUUCACUGGCAAACACAAAGGGCGGCGAGUUUAAAGCUGAGCCGCGCCUCUCUUUUGUUGAAGGGGCAAGGGAUAUUGCGGUUUUAGAAGCAAUGCUUGAAUCUGGAAAGAGGGAAGGUGGUCUUGUCCAAGUUAAAAAGUUUUAGGCUUUCUGCACAAUUGAGACUACGACCAAUCUUCUUUAUUAAUAAUAUAUUCAUGUUUUCACAAUCAAUAUGAAGAAUAUAGUGGGAUAUUGCAAUGCAUGGCAAUUGCAUUUCUGUGAUGGUUGAAUAAUGGAAACCUUUUCAGUAUAGCUUAGUGUGGCCAUAUGUAA